UCUAAAAUUACAUUGGAUGCACAAGCACCCUCUCUCUUGGUGGCUUCUCUCUCUGCAUUUCCUGACUUUCCAUCUACAGAAGCUUUGGUCGGCAAGUGCUGAGGAUUCAUACGAGCUGUAUAUAUAGGUUGUGUAAGUGAUGGUUUGGGAUCUUCAUCCUGUUCUUCUCGGGUCUCGUUGUUCUCUCUCGGGUCCUCGAGGUGCUUGGUGGGUCGGGAGCUGCAUGAUAUGGUUUGGUUGUACACAAUGGUUCUGCAGCAGUCUUCACUCUGCACCUUUAACUAUUAGGCAGUUUUGUUGCCAUCCUUUUGUGCUGAAUUUAAUGGAGUUUCGGGAAAUCAUUUAUAACCUACCGCUAAUGCAGCCUUUAGCCUUGGAUUUAUAGUUAGCUCCUCUACCCGCACGGUUCUUUCACAAGUAUGCCUACUUGGCGGGGAAAGUCCACCCCCAAGAAUGGAAAAUGGAAAUCAAAAUGGGAAAGUUUUCUUGACACCCUAAAUCGGAAACUUCGUUUAUCAUCAGCAAGAAGAACAGCCAACCGAUCACAAGGAACCCACAGGCGACACAACGAUAGCAUUUCGGAAAGAGGGUUCCGAACUUGGGUGCCAUCAACGCCUCCAUCACCUUCUGCAGCCGUAUCACGAUGUCAAAGUUUUGUUGGGACACCUCUUGCCCAACCGCUUCCGCUUCCGCUUCCGCUUCCUAGAGCAAAUAGUCCCACCAUUUGUUGCACAGAUAAACCAGAGUGUGAUUUAGAUUCUAAGCAACUGCUGUUUUCACCUCCUCCUGAUGCUGAUUCUGUGGAGGGUUACAUAGCUACAGCUUCCAUUUCUAGUGGUAGCUCCAUCGAGAGUGAUGAUCCAUCUGAUUCUCGUCUUUUAAGUCCUUUAACAUCGGAUCAUGAUAAUGGGAUAAAAAUUGCUUCAAACAGCCCAUCAAGUAACAAGCACAGGAAUCGAUCAGCUAUCAAUUAUAGAACCACAGCAGAGUCCCUGAUGCCAACAUAUGUUUCCUGUAGUGAUCAGGAUAAGCGUUUUUCGACCGCUUCUCCAAAACGGCAACCACUAUUCGCUGAUAUGCAGAAUUUACAGAUAACACAAGAUGUUCUUACCAGUGCUCCAGGAAGUACGAUUUCAAGUCCUAGGAAUCCAGAACCACAGUUUGCAUUAGAUCAUGGUUUGUUGAAGGGUAACACUCGCCCAGAUAUAACCUUGCUUGGAUCUGGGCAUUGCUCAAGUCCUGAUUCGGGUUCUGAUCAUAUUUCGAUUGGUGGAGAUUUUUCUGGACAGCUCCUUCAGCCACAAAAUAGGGGCAGCCCCCAGUGUUCCCCAGUAGCUAGCCCAGGAAUGAAAAGCCCUAGUCCCAACUCAGGUAUACAGAGUGUGACUGUUACCCCACUUCAUCACCGAGCUGGUGGACCAAGCUCUGAAUCAUCCAUGUUACAGCCUGAAGACAGAAGACAGCGCAGCCACCAGUUGCCCCUUCCCCCCAUAUCAAUCCCCAAAACCUCUUAUUUUUCUCCCAACUAUCUGAGAGCUACAUCUCCGACGGUCCCUCGAAGUCCUUCUAGGGCAGAGACAUCAGCAAGACCAGGGCCACGAUGGAAGAAAGGGCGUUUGCUAGGUAGUGGUUCCUUUGGAUUUGUCUAUCUUGGUUUUGACAGGGAAAGUGGUGAGAUGUGCGCUAUGAAGGAGGUUACUUUAUUUCCAGAUGAUUCAAAGUCCAAGGAGAGUGCACAACAACUUAAUCAGGAGAUAGCCAUGCUAAUCUGUUUGAGACACCCAAAUAUUGUGCGAUACUAUGGCUCUGAAACUAAGAUAGGUGAAAAGCUCUACAUAUACUUGGAGUAUGUCUCAGGUGGUUCUAUCUAUAAACUUCUUCAAGAGUAUGGGAAGUUUGGUGAGAAUGCAAUCCGCAGUUAUACACAGCAGAUUUUGUCGGGACUAGCUUAUCUGCAUUCUAAGAACACCAUUCAUAGAGACAUCAAAGGAGCAAACAUACUGGUGGAUCCAAAUGGCCGUGUGAAAUUGGCCGAUUUCGGGACAGCAAAGCAUAUUACUGGGCAGUAUUGCUCGUUAUCUUUCAAGGGAAGCCCGUACUGGAUGGCACCUGAGGUUAUUAAGAAUUCAAAUGGCUACAAUCUUGCUGUUGACAUAUGGAGCCUUGGAUGCACAGUUUUGGAGAUGGCUACCGCAAAACCACCUUGGGGUCAGCAUGAAGGGGUUGCUGCUGUGUUCAAGAUUGGUAACAGCAAGGAGCUUCCAGAGAUUCCCGAUCAUCUAUCAGAUGAAGGAAAGGAUUUUGUGAGGCUUUGUUUACAGCGUAACCCAUCUGCCCGCCCUUCAGCAGCUCAGCUUCUGGAACACCCUUUCAUUAGAAAUGGUGCCCCCUUUGAAAAGCAUGUCAUCACUGCUGACGAUCUCGAAGUGAUGCGUAUCAUUAACAAUAUUUCACCGGGAAUCUUAAAUGCAAGAAACCUUCCAGGUUUCGAUUCUGAAGAUACCCUGAACCAUCACCCACAAGGAGUGAAAAUAGCUUCAGGAAAUGGAAGUCCCCUCGCAUCAAGGAAUAUGCACUACCCCGAUUUGCCAAUUGGCAGCUCAAAUUUACGGUCACCGCAGCAUAUGAGAGGAAGGGUGUCUCCUCCUAUAUCAAGUCCCAGGUUAACGGGCAGCUUAUGCAGUAGCUAUCUUCAUCAACAACACAACGGUUGCGAUCCUGAUCUUUCCAAAAGAUGGUCUCACCCUGGUCGCGUUCUCCGGGAGAUGAUCACAUCAGGACAUGAAGAGCCCUCUAGUUCCAAAAACGGAGAGUCUUUGCUGGCGGAUCAUGUUUACCCGCAGUGUCUGGGUGCAGAACUCUCGUUUGUGCAUUACCUCGACCAGGAGCCAAGUUGCUCACCGCCUGCUCGGGCGGACAUGAACUAA